CUCGGGGCCAGGCUGCAGGGAGAAAAGUCUUCUGCCCGGCCCCCAGUACUUGAACCUCUUUCCACUUUCGUCCUCUUCUGCUCAAGAUGGUGGCCUCUCGGGCAAUUGGCAUCCUCAGACGCUUCUCGAAUACCUCUAGGACGCUCCGCUGCCCAGGUUAUAUUUGCCGCAACUUUACAAGGUCGUCUGCAUUGCUCUCCAGAACCCAUAUUAACUAUGGACUCAAAGGGGAUGUGGCAGUUGUCCGAAUUAACUCCCCCAACUCAAAGGUAAACACACUGAAUAAAGAACUACAGUCAGAGUUCUUAGAAGUAAUGAAUGAAAUCUGGGCAAAUGAUCAAGUCAGAAGUGCCGUCCUUAUCUCAGCAAAGCCAGGCUGCUUUGUGGCAGGUGCUGACAUCAACAUGAUAGCUUCUUGCAAGACCCCUGAGGAGGUGAGAGAACUAUCACAGGAAGGUCAGAGGAUGUUUGAGAAACUCGAGAAGUCUACGAAGCCGAUUGUGGCGGCCAUCAGUGGAUCCUGCUUGGGAGGAGGCCUCGAGCUUGCCAUUUCAUGCCAAUACCGAAUAGCAACAAAAGAUAAGAAAACAGUACUGGGUGUCCCUGAAGUCUUGCUGGGCCUCUUACCAGGCGCGGGAGGCACACAGAGACUGCCCAAACUGGUGAGCAUACCUUCCGCUUUUGACAUGAUGCUGACUGGCAGGAACAUCCGUGCAGACAGAGCAAAAAGAAUGGGACUGGUUGACCAAUUAGUGGAACCGCUGGGACCAGGAAUCAAACCUCCAGAGGAACGGACAGUUGAAUACCUAGAAGAAGUUGCAGUUACUUUUGCCAAAGGACUAGCUGAUAAGAAAAUCUCCUUAAAGAGAAACAAGGGAUUGAUGGAAAGGUUGACAUCGUUCGCCAUGAGUAUUCCGUUCGUCAGGGAACAAGUGUACAAAAGGGUGGAAGAACAAGUACGAAAGCAGACCAAAGGCCUUUAUCCUGCGCCUCUGAAGAUAAUCGACGUGGUGAAAACCGGGCUUGAACAAGGGAAAGAGGCUGGCUAUCUUGCUGAAUCUCAGAAAUUUGCCGAGCUCGCGAUGACCAAAGAAUCAAAGGCCUUGAUAGGGUUAUACCACGGUCAGGUCGUGUGCAAGAAGAAUAAAUUUGGAACUCCGCAGAAGGAGGUCAAGCACCUGUCCGUUCUUGGCGCAGGGCUGAUGGGGGCCGGCAUCGCCCAGGUCUCCGUGGACAAGGGCAUAAAGACGACGCUCAAAGAUGCUACGCUGGGCGGGCUGAGCCGAGGACAGCAGCAGGUGUUCAAAGGAUUGAAUGAUAAAGUGAAGAAGAAAGCUCUGACAUCAUUCGAAAGAGACUUCAUUUUCAGCAACUUGACUGGGCAGCUUGAUUACCAGGGUUUCGAAAAGUCCGACAUGGUGAUUGAAGCAGUUUUUGAGGACCUCAAUCUUAAGCACAAAGUGCUAAAGGAAGUGGAAGCGGUGAUCCCGGAGCACUGCAUCUUUGCCAGCAACACGUCAGCUCUCCCAAUCAAUGAAAUCGCCGCCGUCAGCAAAAGGCCCGAGAAGGUGAUCGGCAUGCACUACUUCUCUCCUGUGGACAAGAUGCAGCUGCUGGAGAUCAUCACAACGGAGAAAACAUCUAAAGACACAAGUGCUUCCGCUGUAGCUGUGGGCCUCAGGCAGGGGAAGGUCAUCAUCGUGGUCAAGGACGGACCUGGCUUCUACACCACGAGGUGUCUCGCACCCAUGAUGUCCGAAGUCCUCCGAAUUCUCCAGGAAGGAGUGGGCCCUAAGAAGCUGGACUCCCUGACCACAAGCUUUGGUUUUCCUGUCGGUGCUGCCACGCUGGUGGAUGAAGUUGGCGUGGAUGUAGCAAAACACGUAUCGGAAGAUCUAGGCAAAGCCUUUGGGGAGAGAUUUGGAGGUGGAAGCCCAGAACUGCUGAAACAGAUGGUGUCCAAGGGCUUCCUGGGUCGCAAGUCUGGGAAGGGCUUUUACAUCUACCAGGAAGGCGUGAAGAGUAAGAACUUGAAUUCCGACAUGGACAGUGUUUUGGCAGGUCUGCAGGUGCCUCCUAAGGCUGACGUGUCCUCUGACGAAGACAUCCAGUACCGCCUGGUGACCAGGUUCGUGAACGAGGCUGCCCUGUGCCUGCAGGAAGGCAUCUUGGCCACCCCCGCAGAGGGAGACAUCGGAGCGGUCUUCGGGCUCGGCUUCCCCCCCUGCCUUGGAGGGCCCUUCCGCUUCGUGGACCUGUUCGGCGCGCAGAAGGUCGUGGACCGGCUCCGGAAGUACGAGGCCGCCUACGGAAAACAGUUCACCCCGUGCCAGCUGCUAAUUGACCACGCCAACAGCCCCAACAAGAAGUUUUACCAGUGAGCGGGCCCUCGACCCCUGCUCGCCCGCCUGCCCACUAACCCCGACUCCCGGCAGCGCUGGCCCUCCAGCGGAGCGGCGUCUCGGUUGUCAGUAACCUCAAAGGAAACAGACUCGGGCAUUGGGUGUGUGCCUUGAUUCAAGUGCCUUCAGCUAUGACUGUCCCUCCCUCCUGGCGAAGUCUGGCUGUGUUUGCACUUCAUGUUGGGAGGUGGGACCCGCUGUCCUUGUGACUCUGUAAGCCCCGAGACCCAGACUGGCCGCGUUCCUGCCUGGAGGCCGGCGGCGGCCAACAGUGGUGAGAGCAAUUACGCAUUUGGCCAAACACAGGAUAACAAUAAAAACCAAACUUAUUUAUCAGCC